GGGAGAUCUACAACUAGAGACAGAGUUGGGAGGGGUGGAGUUGAUGGGUUCCGUGCAGGAGUUGGGUACUGUGCUAGAGGGCUGUAUCGAGGAGGUGGGGAGAAUGGAGAAGAGACGGGAUGAACUGAUGGGAGAGCUACAGGCACUAAGGGAGGAGAAGACAGGGACAGAGGAAGGGAGAGAAGGAGGGCAAGCAGCACAGUUAAGGCAGGUGCUAAAUAUUGAGGCAGAUGGGAGGAGGGAGGCGCGGAUGAGGGAGUGGCAGUCUUUGAGGGCUGAGAGGAGAGAGGAGGAGAUGAGGCUGUCCAGCGUGAGUCUGGAGAAGCAGGGUCUUCAGGAGGACAUGAGGAGCCUGAAGAGGAGGCUGUUCUCUGUCGCCAGGGAGUGUGCUCACAACCAGGUCAUUCUGGUAAGCCAGCAGCGUGAGGUGGCCCAGCUCAACAAGGAAGAGAUGGAACUCGACACACUGAUCAUCCAGCUGACUGAGGAGGUGUCUCAACUCCGCUCCACCCACCAGACCCAGCUCUCCACCUUUCAGUCCCAGCUCCAGACACACAGCCAGACACCCAACCCCAUAGAGGAGAUGACCCAGAGCAAGAGGAACUCCUGUGGGGAGUUACAGCAGUACCUGCAGGGGGGGCUCAAGGCCCUGGAGGAAAGGUAUGAACCAAUGCUGCUGGCCCUGUUGAAGUGGAGGGAGAGGACAUCAGAGGCCCAGGUGAAGGCCAGGCAGCAGGCCCGGGAGUUGAGGGCCCGUCGGGGGCCCCUGAGGGUGGAGGGACAGAGGCUGCGGCUGCAGAGAGCCUGCCUGGAGGAGAGACUCGUACUGAUGGAGACCCACAGGAGAGAGGACGUAGAGCAGUACAGGGAGACAGUGGACAGGCUGGAGGACACUAGCAGAGAGCAGAAGACAAAGCUACAAAUCCAGAAGAGGGAAACCAAGGAGACGGAGGAACUGAGAGACAGACUUACUAAACAACUCCACCUGUACAGGGGUAUUGUUGAAGACAAUAACACGAAUGAUGUGACCAGAGUGCAAGAGAAAACCACCGGGACAAAUAGAAGUGUUUCAGUUUAGGUUAGAAGAGACAAACAACCUUUUCUUAGUUCAUGGUCACUUGUUUCCAACAAUCAUACCAUCCUUACAAAUUCACUUUUAUACACCUUUCAGAAGGUUCUAUUCUAUUGUCAAUAAAACCCAGGAAGUAGAAAACCAGGAAGUAGAAAACCAGGAAAAAGCAAGGCAGUUUUGUACACCGGUAGCUGAAAUCUGUGGAGAAUUCCCAUCAGGUUGGGAAGGGUGUCUGGAGAAAACAAGCUCGCCGUCAUUCUCAUUCUAGACAUGGUAAGACAUCUGUAGAGAAGAAGGUUCUGGAACAUUCUGAAGAUAGAUGUAAUGCAUUCUUUACAGUGUAACAAAUAAAAGGUGUUCUGUUAA